AGGACCCAGCUUCCACUCAUCGUGCUGUUGCCAUGGAAAUCCCUGUGGCAGCAGCAUCGCUCUCUGUAGCGCCAGGAGAGCCGGAGGAGCAGCGCGAGCCCGCCCUACCCUUUCAGCACCGUGGACAGCACCAUAGGACCAGACCGCCGUUCAACCACGGGAGAUUUUAUAUGCUGAUAGUUAUCGGAGAAAUCUCAACGGACCACCACCUUCAGUCUGCCAAAAAACACAUAAAACAGGGACUGCGGUCGUGGGACAUCGAUCUGACUCUGUGCGACCUGAACAGAGAGCUACAGCUCUUCGCGACGCGACACUCUGCCCAGUUCUCCUCAGAGGUCAAAGGACAGAGGACCCUGCAGUACAAGAGUGAUGUCCUUGAGACAGUUGUGUUGGUGAACCCGUCAGAGGAAACUACUGCUUCAGAGAUCCGUUCUCUGGUCACUGACUCUGCUGGACACAAGCUACUCGUCCUAAGUGGCCAGAGCUCUGAGCAGGGAGGUGACAUCAUACUGCAGGGUGGAGCCUUCACCUGGAGACACUUCUCUGACAUCAUCUCUGACCCUGGAGUGACUGAGGUCCUGUCCAACUCAGCAUCGGACCAGUGGCCCAGGCUAACAGUAUCGUGCCUGGGAGACGGGGGCUGGAGCUCACUGGGCCACAGCCAGGAGCAGCAGCACCUCCAGAACCUUCUGGAAUACCGCCUAAACCCUGAGCCCACGCUUCCCGACAUGGAGGGAGUCGCGGAGUUCACAGAGUACGUCUCGGAGACGGUGGACGUCCCGUCGCCCUUUGACAACCUGGAACCGCCCACCUCGGGUGGUUUCCUGAAGCUAUCCAAGCCCUGCUGCUACAUCUUCCCUGGAGGGAGGGGUGACUCUGCCCUGUUCGCCGUGAACGGAUUCAACAUCCUGGUGGAUGGAGGGUCCGAACGCAGGUCCUGUUUCUGGAAGCUGGUCAGGCACUUGGACAGGAUAGACUCAGUCCUGCUGACCCACAUUGGGGCGGACAACCUCCCAGGCAUCAACGGGCUGCUCCAGAGGAAGAUCGCUGAGCAGGAGGAGGAGCAGUCCCAGGGAUCUGGCGGCUCCAACACAUACGGUGACUGGAUGAAGAACCUGAUCUCGCCCGAGCUCGGUGUGGUGUUCUUCAACGUCCCCGAGAAGCUACGAAUGCCCGAGUCCACGCUAAAGGUCAAACGGAGCAUCGAGGAGGCAUCCCUCACACUGCAGUAUCUCAACAAGCUUGGCAUCAAGUCAGAACCUCUUUACAGGGUCGUUAGCAACACCAUUGAGCCCAUCACGCUUUUCCACAAGCUGGGCGUUGGCAAGCUAGACAUGUACAUUCUGAACCCUGUGAAGGAAAGCAAGGAGAUGCAGUUCCUUAUGCAGAAGUGGGCUGGGAACAGUAAGGCCAAGACUGGGAUUGUGAUGUCCAAUGGCAAAGAAGGAGAAAUAUCCGUCCCUUACUUGACCUCAGUAACAGCUCUUAUCGUAUGGAUCCCGCAUAGUCCAACAGAGAAGAUAGUCAGGGUGCUGUUCCCUGGAAAUGCACCGCAGAACAAAAUCUUGGAGGGGCUUGAAAAGCUGAAGCACCUGGACUUCCUGCGCUACCCAGUAGCCACUCAGAAAGACAUAUCCUCUGGGGCCCCGCCUCCAAUCAUAAAACAAACAAAGAUGAGAUCAAGAACAGAAAGCAAGGAGAGCCUGAAAUCUUCCACCAAAACACAGUUGGCCUCAAAAGCCAGCAAGAAGGAAGCUAAAGGGCAGGAAGAGGAGUCCAAGAAUGACUCAACAAAAGAGAACAAAAUUGAAAAGAAAGAGGAGAAGAAGGUGAAGAGUGAGAGCGCCAAAGCUACCAAAGCCACCAAAGCCACCAAACAACAACAAAACAGUGAGGCAGCACCCGAAGCAGCUAAACUGGAGAGAAAGAAGCUGUUCAAGGAGAAAACACUGAGGAAACACUCCAAGGAACGACCAUCUAAGAUGGAGGAGAAAAAGGACAAAGAGAAAAAAGAGAUCAAUAAAGUAAAGAAAGAGGACAACAAACGCGAAGUGAAGAAAGAUGAUACUGCUAAAAAAGAAACAAAAGCAGUGAAGGAGGAGAAAAAGAAGGAUCUGAGUAAGCCAGAGCUGAGGAAGAUCACCAAACCAGACCUGAAACCCUUUACCCCAGAAGUCAGGAAAACCCUCCAUAAGGCAAACAAGACACAGGCCAAACCCAAGACGGACAAGACUGACAAAAACAUAACAGCAAAACCGGUCAAAGAGAAAACAGCUGAGAAAAAAUCUGUCCCAAAGAAAGCCCCCCCAAAAUCCGCUGCUGCUUUGGCAGAUGGGUCCGUUGUAUCCUCUCCAGAAGACCUCACCAAGGACUUCGAAGCUUUAAAACGAGACGAGCUCUCGAAGCUAGGGAGUGAACCCAUUCAGAAUGAUGUCAUGUCUGGAUGUCCAGCUUUCACAGACUCCAAACUCCCUGAUGAGGGAAUAACAACUAAAUCCCCAGCCAAUCUUGGAGAGAACUUUGAGGAUGAGGGUGCUGACAUGGAUGAUGGUGAUGAUGAUGGGGAGGAGUACAAUAAAGAGAGUGAUGUACUAAAGAAAGGUGCAGAUGUCGGGAAAUGGCAGGACAUUAAAAGAAAUGCUGGCAUGGAUAGAAAAUAUGAGGAGGAAAUGGAGAAAUACGACGACGACUACUCUACUAAGGGAGACAUGAAUUGGAAGAAGAGUGUCAGCUCAGAAGAGGAGGGUGACGUUAUCGAAAAAGCAGAUCUGGAGGGAAUUGAGGAUUAUGAGGAUAAAUACAACUCAGAAAAAGAUAAAAAAGAAUGGGACACCAAGUCAACCGACUUUAAAUCGUUUUCAACCGCAGUCGCCUCUGGACAAACCACUACCGCUGCCUCUGAGCAAGUGUCCUUCAUCCAAGAUGAGACUAUUCCCGCUUAUUCCGAAACGGAGCAGACCAUCUCCGAUGAGGAGAUCCAUGAAGAACCCGAGGACAGGAUCCCACACCUCCGCUACGACGUUGCUUCCUGCGACAUCACCGUUCCCGACGUUCCAGGAUCCUUCGACUCUGUGUAUGGUGUUAGGGAGAUGAGAGCCUCGGCUACGUCUGACGCCUCAGACUUCAAAGCCAAAGGCUUUGUGGGAAGACAUGACCCAGUGUUGGCAGCCUAUCCAAGCAUCAUCACAGCUCCGCUCGCCGAGGAAGAGCACAUCUCAUCAGCCACGUCCAUCACAGAGUACGAUAAACUGUCCUCGUUCGCCACUUCCAUGGCGGACGACCAGUCCAUCGCAUCUGUGACCGCCCCGCAGACAGAGACAGAGACAGGGAGGAGCUCUCUUCACCUGGACACGGUCAAUAGCAUCCCCUACCGCACCGAGGCCACCCACGGGAAGGACUACCUCCACUCGGCUGGAACCAUCUCUCCCACCUCCUCCCUGGAGGAGGACAAGAACUUCAGUUCUCCUCCUUCAAAGGAGUACCAGCCUUUUGUUACCGAGAUGGAGGCUGGGAGGAAGACCAAACCCGUCCAUGAGGAGUAUGACGAAGAGGAGGAUGAAGACGAGGACCAGACUCCCAACGUUGAUAUCCCCUUGGGGAAACUCCAAGAGGGCUACGAGCAGGCGACGGCAGCCAUGUUGCUCCAGGACAAGGAUAAAUCCCCCUCCACUGCCUUUGCACAUCCCUCUCCUCCCUCUUUCUCCAGCGGGGUUAAGCCUAGUUCCUUGUUUGAAGGUGAAGAGAGAUGUCUUAGCCCAGGCGACAGCACCGUGAAGCUGGCCUCACCCACCCAGUCGGUCCCCACCAGCAGUGGCUACUCCCCCACAGAGGAGAAGAAAAACAACAAAAUGGACAACACUGAAACUGAGCCCCAGAAAAUGGGGCUUUCUGGUGACAAGACCCCCUUUGAAGAAUCAGAUGAGGAUGAUGAUGAUGACUAUUAUGAGAAAAGGGAUCUCAAACCCUGUGUUAAAGCUAAGUAUUUGGAACAGAAGGAGGGUAGGUUCUUGGAUGAUGAAUCACCUCAAGAAGAGAAGCUGUCUGAGAGGGACAAAGGACUUGCAGAGGAUGACAUCAAGUCCAAGUAUCUGCAGAAUAAACCGGGGUCGACAGACGAGACACAGUUCUCUGGUUACAUGGAGCAAACAACCAAACCCCAGAUCAUGCACUCCGACGAACAAGACGAGGUGGAGGAAGAUGAUGAAGAUGAUGUUGUUCAACCAAGUGGAACAGGGUCUAGAGCUUUAUCAGUAGAGCAAAGUAAAUUGGACUCUGAAGAUGACAAAAAGGAUGCAGCAUUAUCCAGAAAAAAGGACCAUGUAACUUUGAAAGAGCCAGAGAAAAGUGUCCAGUUCAAUCUGUAUGACUUCCCAGAGCGAGAGAGUAGAGAGAAACGCUCAGAAGAAGAAAUAAGACAGGACACCCCAUAUGUACACGGCAAGACUUUCUCUUACAGUGAUAUCUAUGACAACAAAACCAGUUAUCAGAAGGACCAGUCAGAAAAAAUUGGGAAGGACAGUAUGAAGGAGACGGACACACAGAAAAAGGACUCCGCUUUCCCCUCAGACAAGGAGGGUUUCACUAGCUCUCAUGGAAAAGAUGUAUCUUCCUCCUCCUCUUCCUCUUCCCCCUUUCCAUGGCUCCAUGGCUCUGAAUCUAUAGAGAAGAUAAGUGAGCCACGUGGAUACAGCAGAGAGAGCAGAUUCCCAUCAAUGGCUGAUAGACCAGAGGCUUCAACCACAUCCUUAUCAUCAGAGAGAGACUCCUCCCCUUAUAAAGUUCACAGUGAUUACACCUCUGUAACAGGUAGUGCUGCAGCCAAACCCUCUUCAAUGAGCUACCAUGACAAAGAGGUGGAACUGGAGAUAGACAUGAGGAAGCUAACAGCCAGGGAUGAGGAAGACUACGAUGAUUAUGAUGAUGAAGAUGAUGAAGAAGAGGAUGAGGACGAUGAAGAGGAGGAUGCUAUUGACUCAGACAUGGAGAAAGGUGCCAAAGAGAAAUCGGAAAAGGAAGUCAAAAGUCCAUUCAUCGAUGGUGUGAGCUCAAAACAGCCCCAGUUUAUGGUUUCCAUGGCUGGCUACGGUUACAACAGCCAGACAAAGCCGACUUCACCAGACUGCAUGAGCACAGAAGAGCCAGAGUUUAUGGUUUCCAUGGCCGGCUAUGGUUACAACAGUCAGGCAAAACCGACUUCACCAGACUGUGUGAGCUCAAAAGAGACAGAUUUCACAGACUCCAAACUCCCUGAUGAGGGCAUAACAACUAAAUCCCCAGCCAAACUUGGAGAGACGUUUGAGGACGAGGGUGCCGACAUGGAUGAUGAUGAUGACGAUGAUGAUGAUGACGAUGAUGAGGAGUUCAACAAAGAGAGGGAUGUACUAAAGAAAUGUGCAGAUGGUUACACUAGUCAGGCAAAGCCGACUUCACCAGACGGCAUGAGCUCGAAAGAGCCAGAGUUUAUGGUUUCCAUGGCCGGCUAUGGUUACAACAGCCAGGCAAAGCUGACUUCACCAGACGGCAUGAGCUCAAAAGAGACAUAUUUCACAGACUCCAAACUCCCUGAUGAGGGGAUAACAACUAAAUCCCCAGCCAAACUUGGAGAGAAGUCUGAGGACGAGGGUGCCGACAUGGAUGAUGAUGACGAUGAUGAGGAGUACAACAAAGAACGGGACACACACAGCCAGGCAAAGCCAAUUUCACCAGACGGCAUGAGCUCGAAUGAGCCAGAGUUUAUGAUUUCCAUGGCGGGCUACGGUUACAACAGCCAGGCGAAGCCGACUACGCCACCUUCUUCCACCACCUGCAAAGGUGACAUGGGCUCCACAGCGUUCUCUGGGUACUCCUCUGGGUUUGAUUAUUCUUACGGUGGGGAGAAAGACACAUUUCAGUCCAGCCAGAUGAAGGACAAAGAGGGAAAAGAUGACUAUUUCCACAGUGAGAGAGCUGACGGUGGUAAGAAAACAGGAGACACAGUAGGAGUCUCAUCAGGCUUCCACUACACCACCACCUCUGCCACUGCAUAUUCGUCCUCCUCUUCCUACAGCUACUCCUCCUCUACGUCCGGUCCGUCACUCUCCACCAGCCGGCAGUUUGGCGAGGAGCUGGAGACCCCAGCCAACGCCUCCGACCACAUCUUCAAACACGAUACAGACAGUGCCGGCUUCGAGUACUCCUCCUUUAAAGAUGAACACAGCUCCUUUAAAGAUGAACACGCCUCCUUUAAAGAUGAACACGCCUCCUUUAAAGAUGAACACGCCUCCUUUAAAGACGAACACGCUUCCUUUAAAGAUGAACACUCCUCCUUUAAAGACGAACACUCCCUGGCCAUGGACUCCUCCCCUUUUUCCAGUUCCUGCGGGAUGGUUAAGAACGAGUACCUGGAGGUUUCGGAGAAGCAGAUGACGAUGGCCACCACCACCACCGCAGAAUCCACCUCCAAUCUGGCCCGCUUCUCUCCUCACAGCCCCUUUGAGGAGAUCAAACCUUUCCACUCACACUCCUCCGCUUCCUCCUCGGAAGACAAAAAGGAGCAUGUUGCCUCGAUGGAAGGAAGUGUUGUGAACAAAAGCCCCCAGUCGGACUGCUUCUAUAAACCGGAAUGGGCAGAUGAGUCCAAGCUGCAGGCUGCAGGGGGUUAUGGGCCUUUCUCCCAGUCACCCAAGGAGAAGGAUGCCAUCGCCAUGGGUUUGUUUGGUGUCACCUCGUCCCCACGGCCCGACUCAACAGGCAAGCAUUACUUUGAAAACUCUGACAGUACUGAGGAAGAGGAUGACGAGGAAGGUUACAUGCGUGAGAUGGGCCUGUCAUUCUCCGAAAAACACGGCAGCAGCACCACCACCUCUGGUAAGAUAGAUGGCGCUGGUCUCCCUGAUGUGCUCACCUCGUACAUACCCUCCUCUCUGCUGCCCACCAAGCCAGACACAGUCAAUGGUCCCAUGGAGGUCAGCAGCAUGAGCUCCCCCAUCAGUGCAGGGCCGGCAGCCAGCUGCGUGAGCCCAGGUCUGGGUACAGCUGAGGAGAAAAAGGUGAGGAGCUCCUAUGAGUGGAACAUGCAGAAGCCCCAGAUGGACAUGGUUCCUGGCGACUCCCCGCCUCAUUACCGCCACGAGGACGAGUUUGAGGAGGAAUGCGAAAUGGAACCAGAGUGCCCCGCCCGCCCGCUCUCCCUCUCCUCCACUGAUCACACCUUCGGCUCCCCCUUCUACACGGAGGCGUCGUGCCGAGGAGAAGCAGGAGGAAGAGAUGAUGAUGAUGACAGCGACCUGGACCUCCCUCCUGAAAUGGGCGCCUCCUCCUCCACGUCCCCCUCCAAAGCCUCCCCUGGCUACUCCUCCUCGGAACACAGGCACCGCAAGGGAGACCUCUCGCCCUCCUUCAUCAAUCCCAGUAUGCAACAGCAGUCCAGCGAUGAGGAGGAUGAGGAGCGGGGACGCAGGAGCGACCAAUCGCAGGAAGGGGACGAACAUGACCUGUCAGUCAAGAAGAGAGCCAACAAACAGCCCCACCACCCCCACUUCCAGGGUGGCUCGAUCCCCCACGCCGGGAUGGCUGGGCUGGGGUUAGCCAGAGAAGACACCCCCCCAACCUCCGUCAGCGAGUCUAUACCGUCGCAGUCAGAUUCAGACGUUCCCCCAGGGACAAAGGAGUGCCCCUUCAUCACGGGCAACAGCAACAUGGACUCGGACGAGGACACUGAGUACCUGCCUGUGGAUAAGUUCUCCACCAUGGGAGGGGGCCACCAUCACUCAUCUUCCUCCUCCUCCUCCAGGAUUAGCCCCCGGGACCCCCCUCCCGCCCCCCUCAUGGACCCCUUCCCCAACCCCCCUCACCCCGACGUCUGCAUGGUGGACCCCGACGCUCUGGCCAAUGACCAGAACCGGGCAACCUCAGAGUCACCCCUCAAGAAGGACCCCAAGACGAAAGGCGUGCGGAAGACAGGGAAACCCAAGUCGGCAUCUCCGGCUCGCCGCAAGCGGUCCCCCAUGCCAGUGAAGCAGUUGCCAUCCCCUCGCAGCGCCUCGCUGAAGAAGAAGGAGACAGAGAAGAGCUUGAGGAUGUCCCAUCUGUCAGACGGACAGGGCUCCAGAGACGAUGACCUCUCCAGGUCCAGCUACAACGCCGGCAGGGUGGCCAACGGAGUUAAGAGCACCUCAGGCUCUCAGAGGUCCAGUUCCGUGGUUCCCCAAGGCCCUCCUAUCUACGUAGACUUGGCCUACAUCCCCAACCACUGCAGUUCUAAGAACGUGGACCAGGAGUUCUUCAAACGUGUCCGCUCUGCAUACUACGUGGUGAGCGGGAACGAUGUGGGCAAUGACGAGCCCAGCCGAGUGGUCCUGGAUGCUCUACUGGAGGGCAAAGCCCAGUGGGGAUCCAACCAACAGGUGACGUUGAUUCCCACCCAUGACACAGAUGUGACUCGGGAGUGGUACCAGCAAACCCAUGAACGGCAGCAGGAGCUCAACAUCAUGGUCCUGGCCUCCAGCAGCACCGUGGUCAUGCAGGAUGAGUCUUUCCCCGCCUGCAAGAUUGAAUUUUAAGCCCCACACCCCUCUCUUCCCCUCUGUAAUGGGACAACACACAGCUCCCCUGGUUCAGUCUGUCUGUUGAAAUAUUUUGGAUCUGCCUUUUCUAGGGAUUUAUUUCUUACAGUAAAUCAUAACAGUACAUCUCAAAUUACACCCUAUUGGUCUUAUAGCUACCAUCUCUGGUCUAAAGUAGUGCACUGGACUGUAUGUGGAGUAGGGUGUCAUUUUAGACACAGAGAUAUUCAACAACCACACGUUUGAUUAUGGUUAGUGUCAUUGUUUGUAUUAUAAAGGUGCUCUUCAGACUAUAACGCUCCUCUACUAUAAUUAUAAGGUUUUUUCAAGGAAACAAGUAUGGUUGUGCAUACGGUAGAAAUCCAGGCAAAAUGUCCAGGCAAUGGUUACUGUUUCCUUCAAGGUAAGACAGAUUUUCUUCUAAUAGGCAUAACUCAUACACAAGUAUGCCCUAUUAUAAUGUUAGAGUCAUCAACAACAACAACAGACUUAAUCUUUGUUUAAAGAAGUUACAACAAAACACAUUUUGUACUUUAGUGUUUAUUUGUUUUUAGAACUGAAUACACCAUGCUAAUGCCAAUGGUACUUUUCUCAUCCACGUGCCACUCAUAGAACUUGGUGCCUAAUAUUGACACAUUGACAUAGAUGAUAUUCUAAGUAGAUUGUCUCUAAGAGUCUUUUAGAUGUCGAAUAAUUAUGUUUGUAGUAGAAUAGGGUGGAAAAAACAAAUCGAGUCAUACUCAAAGGUUUUGUGUGUGCCAUUCAGUUUUCAUGUCAUUUCUGCAAGGUGAAAUUCACUUCUAAUGGAUUUCUCAAAGCGCCAUACUGCGUACAGUAAAUCGUAACUAUCAGUGUUGUCUGGUUGUAAAAGUGAAGUCUUUUGAGAAUGUUCCCAGCCAGAACACAUCCAGAUCUGUCGAACAGGGCUGGUGUAUAUUGUACAAUAUACAACAUGCACAGUAGAUUACCCUUGCAUUUAUUUUCCAAGCUUGCAUCCACAAACAUAUCUUGGACCCAGCCAACGUAUGAUAUUGUGUGAAAGGAAAGGAGAAUACUCUCAUUGCAACAUUUUCAUGACUAUGUCAGGUUGCAAUGUUGCUACAUUCAAUGUACUAUUUCCUGGUCACAGCAUUUAUACGCAUGUAUAACAUACUGUAAGCAUUACACAUUGGCUUGGAAUAGUGUGGCUUAUUAAAUGACAAAUAGCUUAAGCAGCUUGUUUUUUGUUCAUGAACUCAUUGAUAGAAAAGAGUCUGUCAGGUUAAAAGAUGUUACGCAACUUAAAGACAACAACCCUCCGCUAUUUAACUGCAGAGCUACAGACCGACACUGUCUGUGAACUGGAGUAGGUCCACACUUUGGGAAGGUAUCACAGAUCAUAUGAUUAUUCUCACAUUUAGUAUUGACCCUUUAAGAGACAUGGGUGUGAUUUGGGAUUUGUGUAAGGUGAAGAUAGUGCAGACUAGUGGUAUGUGCUCCAGCUAUGACCAUCAUGGUAUCGUCCCAAAUGGCACCCUAUUCCCUAUGUCGUGUACUUCUUUUGACCAGAGCCUUAUGGUAGUGCACUGCAUAGGGAAUAGGGUGCCAUUUGGAGCAGUCAUACCUAACCUGGUAAUGACUACAGCAAUAGGACCAUGUGGUUGUGAGCUCAUGGCCCAUCACCUGUACAGGGUAAUAGUUUGAUUGAGUGUCUGAAGACUUGUCUGUGAGGUGUUUGCACCGUGCAUUAAGACCACGUUGAUGAAACGUUGAUGAACAUUGUGGGGCGGUUCCAUAGAUGAUAGAGGUUUGACUGUCACCCACAUGUGCCUUUCUGUCCUGUCGUGUGUUCAAGGAAGACUCAGAUGCUUGCUUGAAAUGGCCCUUGUGGCAAAGCCAUAGAUACUCAGUGUUCGGCAAACUCCGUUUCAGUCUCAGAAUUUGAAUGGAUGCCAUGUUGGCACUGAAAGCUUCAAGAUGCAGAUUAGAAUGUUCUCAUCAUGGCAUGUUUGGUGCAGACAUGGAGGAUGGGUUGCCAUGGUAAAGUAGUGGCUAGGUGGGCAGGUCAGUGUUGUAGUAUGAUCACUAACCUAAAAGCUAAGGUCCAAAAAUAUGAUUUGCACAUCCUACUAAGCAAACUAACAUGGUACUUCUACCAGUCAGUGAUCACAGGGUCUGAUAUUCUCUGUCGGCGAUAGUGAACAUAAAGCACAAAUGAUCAAACAACUUAACAAGAACCAACUGUGAUCAAACCCGUAUUCUAAGAACUUUUAGGCCUACUCAUAUGAAAAAUACUCUAAUUUGGGAUUUCUACCAAUUGUGUUUGUUGUUUAACACAAAAGCAGUCAUUUUUAAAUCAGAAAAAGAGAGCUUUGUUGGAAACGUUAACUCACAGACAGACGUGUUAUUUCCUAUUGAGUUGUAUUAUUUUCUUAAUCCUUAUGAUGCCCAUGGAAAGGGAAAUAGGUGUUUUGCUCUAGGGCUGUUUUAGAACCGUUAACUUUGGGACCAGAGGCCAAAAGGUUUUUGCUCUACCACAAUCACCUUGACUCAAUGCCUUGUAACGUUUUUAAAGACAAAAUGUACAAUUUGCUUUUGAUUUUAUGUGAUUAUAGUCAGUGUGUCUAGAAUGUAAUUUUCAGUGUUAUUUGUGUGCACAGUUUAAUUGUAUCCUUUAAUUUUACUGUGAAUUGGGACUAAGUAAGUAGAUUGUUAGAAACUGUUAGAAAACGAGACAUGUUUUAAUUCCAUUUUAUUGCAUCAUGACAUUGAGUUGAGGCUUACAAAGAACAAAUAACAUGCUUUGUUCGAGGGUCUAGACAAAUUGUACCAUUGCGCAAUCUUUGAGUUUCUGAGACACAUAUGGCACACGCACGUAAAUAAUAUCACAGAGACAAAGAAAAUAGAAGGAAUUGUCAAAUGCUUUCAGUAAACAUGCUUUGAAUCCUGC